ACUGAGGUUUGUGAAAACUCCGAGGCUCUCAUACAUGACUUAUUGUCUCUUCAGUCCGUCAUAAUGCGUAGUGUCUCAGAACACAAGUGUGUUCCCGUCGCAGAUGUUGAAUCAUUUGUAGGGCGGUGUAUGAGGGCAGUAGGAACUGAUCAACAUCACUGUAAAGCUCUAGCUCAAGUGCUGUGUGCGGCUGAUGUUAGGGGACAUUUCACUCAUGGACUGCACAGAUUAGGUAAGCUUAUAUUGCCAAGCAUAGACAGAUUUUAGACCGCAUCAGUGUGAUCAGAGCUGAAAUCAUACAUACUAGUCAUACUACUGAUGUUGGCUGGGUUGUUCAAAGCUGAUCGGCUGGACCAUGGCUGGACCAGUCAUUUUUACAAUGAAAUAGGCUUUUUCCAAGAGUGUUUUUUUAUGAAAUGCCAUUUCCUUCGUGCCUACUAUUUAGGAUUUGACUGAAUUGACUGGGUAAUUUUCAUUAAAAGUGAAUUAUAACAUAGCGCGCGUGCUUGCCCUAUAUAAGUCCUAUUGAGCAGCUAUGAACAAAAUCUUUAUUUACGCACGCCCGUGCGUAAAUAACAUGACGUAAGCAUUUUUUUACCUGGCUGCAAAGUUGUCGUCUUUUAAGCUGCAGUGCACUUUCCUUCUCUUUAAAAUAUGGAAUAAACGAGCGAAGAACUGCCAAUUUUUCUAUCGGCAUUGACCUUUUAGGUCCUGAUCCAACAAGCAGCAAAAAUAAAGCCGAAUUAACAAAAACUCGCAAGUUGCGCGUUUCGCAAAUUUGUCGAAGACCAGCUGCAGCAAAUUUUGGCCGAAAGACAUUCACUGGGAACAGAACAGACACCAACUGGUCAUCAACAACAUUUAAAGGCAAAAUUUCCGUUUUAUUGUUGUUUUUAAAUUUGUUAUUCACUUUGUUAUCUCCGGGGAAACUGACUGAAGCAGGAAAAUUUCUCUCGCAAUAACAACACAAAUUACACAAUGGGACAUAAAUUUAUUACUCACAAAAACAACUGCUGCCAGGUCUUCUCAAGAAGCCGUAAUGACCAGCCAAUGUUCUCAAAUGAAGUCGUCUUCGCUAAAAACAUCUUUUCUGGAUUCUCCGAGCAAAACAUAAACAUCUUUUCAGCAAAUCCAAACCAUACUCCACGACUGACUUCUCACGAACAUGUCACGGAGGAUUUUAACUUUACGUGAACUUUAAGACUCUUUUACCUUUGUUUCGGCUUAGUUUCCAUUGAUCGUUAACGAAUAAAGAAGCAAAUUUUCUUUCUCACUUUUACAGAAGGAAUAUUUUCAUUCAAACUAGACGAUUGUGGCGUGUUCAUAAUCAGCCGAGAACCGUUUGUUAUUGUGUCGCACGUUACGAGAAUUUUGCAGUUAAUCAAAAAGCAAGCAUUUUUGUCAGCUAUGUUAUAAAAGAAUUUGCUCAUGCUUUUAGCUGUACGUAUAUCGAGUUAUGGAUGCACUUGGGAAGUUUGGAGAGCACUCAAGAAGCUAGAGUUGCACUCGGCUAUCGCCUCGUGCAACUCUUACGCAUCUUUCGUGCUCUCCAAACUUCCCAAGUGCAUCCAUAACUCGAUAUACGCACGCUAAGCAUGAACAAAUUCUUAAAUUAUCAUUACCGCGGGUAAGGGUCUGGCCGGUCAGUUCUGACAAAUAGAAAGUGCCCUAAGCCUAUGCAACGGCGUUUUCUUAGAUCAGGUUAUUUUUAGCAUAAUUUUGAAGCACUUUUUCAGCGAUUAUGGAAGGACCGUUCCGUAUGCGUGCGCAUCCAUAAUGCGAAUAAUUACCAACAAAAAAGGUAAAGGCUAUCAAAAAAUCAGAAAUACUUUAUUUCUGGUCUCCGGUGAAGACCGAUUUGUAAGUCUUACUUGAUAUUCAAAAUGCGCGCGAAAAUCGAUCUAAAAAUAAACUCGUCUGUGAAAACACCGUCGUAUGGGAACAAGGGAGCUGCUGGCUCGAGCUUAUGGACUCCUGAUGGAUGAUAAUGGCAAUUAGACUGGCAAGCAGUCUCCCUCUAGAGAAUGUAGAAGUAUUGGAAAUGACUAAAUUUCUAGGAAGCUGAAUAGAAAGAGCUGCCGGAUAACGUUGUGAAGGAGGACCAUUACAUUGCUCUAAGUCAGAGUGUAGUUGGAAAAACAAGUAAUAUGUAGUUACUGUCUAUGCAUUUUUCAUUUUUAGAGUUUUACGUUCGUGACAUUCAAAAUGGGAACAUGCAACAACAGGGUGAGCCUACAAUUGAAAGAGAAACUGGACCAACUGCCUUGGUAAACGGUAACAACUUGCUAGGACCGGUGAGAAAAUUAUUUCAUUACUCUGAUCUUUAUCCCCGAAAGGCCCAUUCUUACCCUAGCUGCUGUAGUUAAUGUUGUGUUGUUUUGAUGUAAAUAUGAAAUUAAAUUAAUAUAAAUAUAAAUAAUUAAUUAUCUUCUCCCCUUAUGGGGUUUUUCAGGGAUAAUGAAGCAAAUAAUUCAAAUGAAACAUAACAUGGUUAAGAAUCCCAACUGGUAGGAGGCGAACCAGUUGGCUAUUUUACAAGCAUGGCCGAGGAUUUGAACUCGGGACUAUCGUGAACAAAUCCAUUUUGCGUCGAGGGCGGGACCUGAAGUCGGGGCAUUGCAAGUCCAGCGCUCUAACCGCUCGGCCUCGUUCCUAGAUUUGUUUCACAGUCUUACAUUUGUUUCGAUCUUUCUAUCGUUGUUUUAAAAAGGCAGAAUAGCGACAUCUUCUCAAUAGAUGCAUCUUAUUAUUUCUGUAGAAGAUAAAUACAAUUCGUUUCCCUAGCGCCUCCCUGCUGGAUACAUGUGUAAGUGCGGUAAAUAACAUCAUUGCUGGUGGUACUGCUUCCCAAAUGGAUAAUAAUUUACACCGUUUUCUGUAAGGGAUAAUGUAAUCGAUUGUGGUAAAGCUUGCCCACCAAACUCCAGAUGCCGUUCAAACGUGUUCGCGCAAUCCACUGGAAAUCACUACCCAGCGGAUAAGUGUUAGGGAUAACGGUUGUGUUAUCCUCUGAAUAGAGAUUUACUCAGUGGAUAGCUGCACUAUCUACCUUUUGAACCACUGGGUAAUUGGUUAACAAUUUUUAUCAAGCUACAAGCGUCAUCUACCUUUUUCAAAAGCAAGUGUAACUGAACUAGGUGUGUAAAUGAAUACCAGCGAGACCCAUGCAUUGCAAGAGUAACUCCCCACUGAAAUAAGCUUGAAGUAAAUUCUGUUGUAAAUUGGAAACCUUGGUAAAAGGAUCUAGGAAUUAGCAAUUCAAUUCAAGUUCAGUGGGGUCCACAACAAAUCCCCCCUGGAAACUAAGUGCCAAUGAACUUGUUAAACAUAAUGAAAAAGUUUUGAAAUGGGGCUUGCGCGGUUAUAUCAAGUUCGUGCCCCUACAUUUAACUAUUAAAUAUAGUGAACGAAAUGGCAGCGGCGAUCUUCGUUAGAUGCCUUUAGAGUUUUUCUAGACGGCAAAAAAAAAAACAGUCCGUAUUUUUGCUUAUUCAAGUACUCACAGUCAAACAAAAGGUCUGGACCGAGGCUGAAAACGCAACCUCGUCCCCAGGGCGCUUUUCCCUGGAGAGCGAGACUGGGGAGCCCUACAGGCCUAGCGCGCGUGAGUCUCUUACGCCACUCUUACGCUACACUAAACUGAUUUUGAGAAAAAAGCCCAACUGUUUUGCAGUCUAGAGUUUUUCCAACAGUUGAUUCCAACUUGUUUUACAACUGCUUUGAUAUAGGUUGUAGGUAAUUUUUGUAUGGAUUUGGCGAUUAAGAAAGCAAAGGAACACGGCGUUGGAUGGGUAGUUUGUAAAGGUUAGUUGACAUUGUAGGUAAUGUAUUUUUUGUCGCUACACCUUGCCAGGAAAGAUAUCAAAACAAUCAAAAUUAGGAAUUUCCCUCUCAGAACGCUGGGAUCUUCUGGGUAAGCACGGAGAAAUAGCUUAGAACAUGAGUCUGGAAACUAAGAAAAUCCCUGACACUCUUCAUGACCGUUAACCGCUGGUUACGGUGAAAUAAAUUGCACUAUGUCUAAAACUAACCACCUUCUUGUAAUAGGUGUAAAAGAUAGUUAUAAUUCAACAUUUUGCUGCCUUUGUUUAUGAUUUAUACGUUCUUUUACACAACCAAUGCCAAAAACAUAUCACUAGCCUGGGACCAGGCUCCGGGGAAAAAAGAGACACAGCAACCGCUCGGCUCGCUUCGCUCGCCUUUAUUUUUCCUAUUUUACCCUGUUUUUUGCCUUUUUUCCCCAAUACGGAUCCUGGUCCCAGGAUCAGACUAUCACACUUUCUGCUUCGGAAUUUCUCGACGCCAUAAAACUUAUGAUGUUAAAUCUUCUAUCCGUAGCAACCAACAUUUACUAAAAUUCGCAAAGUGCAGUGGCGGAUCCAGGGAAGGGGCCCGGAACGCCCGGUCCCCCUUAAUUUUAGACCAAGCUAUUUCCGAAGGGCCCAAAAAACAUUUUUUUGAGACCGCCUCCCCCCCUUAUCUUAGGCUCUGGAUGACCGGACCCUCCCCCCUUAUCUGAAGGUCUGCAUCUGCCACUGAAUUGUGUCUGAGGAAUUGCCUAGUCCCUGUACGGCGUUUUCCCAGUCCCUCUCGGUCAAUUCGUUUCGGUGACGUAUCCGAGACGAACGGGCGGGAAACGCCUCACAUUUUUGCAUGGACCACGUGACCCGAGACGCUUUGGCCGCGAGGAAAAUGAGGCCUAGGGACUAGGCAAUCUGAGGAAUAGAUAAACAGCUAUUGAAAAGAAAGGGUCUGGCUUUAAAAUGUUCCAAAAAAUCUGAGGAAAACCUUGACGAUUGGAAGAGAGUUGCAUUGAUGGGAUCCUUCCCUUAGCUCUUUUACGGUAACAAGACAAUUACUACCCAAAUUUUAAAGUUUAUGGUAGUUAGGAUCGUGAUCGUUAGAAUCACGAGUAUUUUAUGUCAGCUGUAGCCUUUUUAAAGACCGAUUAAUUUUUAAAAUUAAACAAGAGUUGAUAUAUAUAUAUUUUUUACACACUAGUUAUACGUUUCUCCUUUUUCGUUCAGGUUCAACCCACUUUGGCAUAGCAGGAUGGUACAGUAGCAAAGCCCUUGAUCAUGGAAUGAUUGUAAGUUAAUGAAACUUCCGUUUUAUUUAGUAUUUAGUAUGUGUGAUAGGAUUUUAAACAGUUCAACCUGCAUUUUUCAGGGUAUGAGUAUGACAAACGCGUCGCCUGCAGUUGUACCAACCAGAGCGUUGAAGGUAAUGUAUUUUUUCAUUAAAUACGUUAUUCACAUUGCUUGAAACUACUCCCGCGUGCUAAAUUUGGCCAAUUUUGCUUUGACUCGUUCUUAGGUAUAAUACAUAAAUUUCAAGGUCUGUUCUCGCUAAAAGAACUUGAUUUCCUACUUGCCACGAAUGUGUGUCUGCACUGAGGUUAGCCAAUAUUAACCAAAGUGUUUAAUUAGCAAUUAAUGAAUGAGGCUGUGUAGGAUAUGAAGAAUUAAGCAGAUCGAGGAGGGUGUUAUCCACAGAGGCCGAAUAUUUCUCCCUAGAAUGGGACGCACGACCUCCCUCUUCACAGAUAUCGGCGCCCCACCGACUGAGAUAGUCCUGUCAAAAAUAAUAAGAAAUAAAUUUGCCCCUACGAAAUCAAGUUAAAAAUGGGAACGAGUCCAUAGAUAUCAACCAAAAAAGCAACUACUUGAAUUUUCCCGAGAAACUGAACUACUGCGCAAAAACUUGCAUCUACCCGCGAAUCUCUUGCUCGCGUUCAAAAUUGAAUUUUUGAUGGUUCUUUUUCUUACAUUUGUAUUUUACACUAAAAAAAUAGGGAAGCCCAAGGGCCAGGACGAACACUCUUUUUAAAGGUGUACAAGCUUUUGCAACAUUUUUAAUUUGCGCCUUCAGUUGUGAAACCAGAAAUUAUUGACCACAAAUUUACACAAUACGUAAUAAAUCAUUUAGUGCUUUUAUUUCCUUGAAGUUUCUCGCCGUCAUCUUGGGAGCUCCUCUUUCUUCUCCCUGAACCACUGGUCUUAAUACCCUCUCCUUUACGAACGCAUCACCGCAGUGACGAUUUUCCAGUCCAUUGAACAUGAUCAAAGAUGCGUCCGGGCACAAAGUAAGGUUGCCCUAGUUUGGUUGAUUUACCAGCGUUUCUUAUUUGACACUUUACAGCCAACCAUUGGAACAAAUCCUAUCUCUGUGUCCGCUCCAGGGAGAGGAGGGGACAGUUUUCAAUUGGACAUGGCUACGUCAGCAGUCGCGCAAGGAAAGGUUUGUCAUGUGACUCCCCUUAGCUUCAGUGCACUGAGGUAAAACAAAACAAAACAAACAAAAACAUACUUUAUUUGUGUGUCAAUGUAUUUAGCACGAAAGUACUAAUUGGGGACACUAUAUUUUACGUCUCCACCUGGAGACGGGACCGCCAUUUUACAAGGUCAUCCGCGCGAAGGUCUACCCUGUUGCAGUACAAAGGGAGUACCUUCAUUUCUCAGUUAUUUUAAGACCCUGAGUAUUGGUCCGGCCCCGGGAAUCGAACCCGCGACCUCCCGCUCUGCAGUCAAGCGCUCUACCGACUGAGCUAACAUUGCCGCGGUUACUUUUACAUUAUAGGUUUUUAAUUAUAGAAACGAGUUUUAAGCACUAGUAAAAUAUAGUAGCUGCUCAUACAGAGAUAAACUGGCGGUCAAGGGAAAAUAAAUGUGGCAUAGAAGGGAUGUUUUAUGGACAUGAAACCUUUUGAGGGCAACCUGUUUGAAUUAAUCCCCCCCAGGCAACGAGGAGGUCCUCUAAUUAAUAUUCUAAAUUUUACAACAAUCUAAUUAAUUUCCUUAAAUCUGCACGCAAGAAAUAAUCACUCCUCAUCUAUUAGGCGUUACUGGUAACGUUGUGUAAGUUUUAGUUAUUCGCCAUAUCUUACUUGGCAACAUGAUUAAUCCAAUUUAAUGCUAGAAUACGGGGUGUAGCACAAGUGACCUGUGGACUUCCAAGGAUUGUUUCAAGCAAGCAAGAGGCAAUAUAUAGGAGUACUUCUUUAUGAUGUCUCGAAUUGCUUUAAGCUACUGCUAUUGCCUAUUGAUGAUAACUUAUCAGGUGUUCUUCACACAUUUGACCUUAAGUUUAGCAUCGCUAACUACACUCUCUCUGCAGGUAGAAGUAUGUAAGAGGAAGGGAACUGAUAUUCCCUUAGGAUGGGGUGUCAACUCCAAAGGGCAGGUAAGAGUUCCCGUGUAAAGACGUUCGUUUUUGUGCACAAGUUGUGCACAUGAAAUCAACUGUUAUUUUACCCCCCUACCCUGGGAGGGGUACUCAACAAAAUUUUAUACCCGGAGGCUCAACCCCGAGUUCCUACCCAGUUCCCUUUUAUAUCAUUUUCGACAGAAAAGGUACCCCUUUUGUAUACCUGUUAUUGACAAAUGGUACCCCUUUCACAUGCUAGUUUAGAGAGCCGCGUCCCUUUUAACUGCUGUAAAUGCACCGUCUUUUAAUUAUGAAUGAAACACUAAGCUGGGAAGAUUUCCUCUAUCUUUCACAGCCAUAAAAAUGUACCUGUUAGCCCUUUUAGGUCCGUUCACAGACGGCAAUGACAGAUUUCCUUACCCUUUCAUAUAUUUCAACUUGUGAAAUCCUUACCGAGGGUCCUGAAGCGGGCGGGAGGGGAGGGGGGAUUUUGUACCAAAUUCCAGUUCGCAGCCUAACUUUGGUGCAGAUCAGUCAAAAUUUGGAAAUCCCAGUUACCAAACGUGACAUCUCAUUUCCAGUACUCGUCUGCGAUCUGAUGCGCAUAAUGAAGUAAAAGCCCUGGUUGAUGCCGUUUGUAUCAUGUACCUUCACCUGGACUGAAGAAAAUAUCUCAUUCUGCUGGUGAACACUUUUUCUCUUCCAACUCUUGUAGGCAUAACCAUAUUAAAACCAUUUCUGUCAUCUUCACUUUCACCACUGGACAGUCCCUUUCAGUGAUAAAACUCGUCAAUUCUCUGUUUCUUUGUAUGUACAGCUUCUGUACCAACCCGUACAGAGCACACAUGCCCACACCUGAAAAACUUUAGGCGGGCACUGAUUGACUUCUUAUUACUCUUGUCCAUUGUGGGUGUUUUACCACAAAGCAAUAUUCUCAUGCUUUUACCAUCGUCUGCCAAUCUCACAUCGUCUGUUUCUUCGAGAAACACCUUGAGUUUCUCAUCAGUUUGAGGCAUACAACUAGUCCCAACUUUUCUUUCUAACGGUCUUUGUUCACAGCUUUUUGGUUGUUUUACCCAUGUUGUUGGGGGCUGCGUUGCCCAUCUAGGUAGGAGUGUCACAACUAGUGGAGCCUAGCUUGAACGUGAUGAACUCUGACUAAAGACGUUGUUCAUUUUUCCUUUUUGAAAACAUGACACUCGCUAGAUCACUCGGAAGAACAAAGGAGGUGAAUAGGAAGUGAUUCACUAAACCUGCGCUUUUCCAUCUGGUCUCAAUAGUCCGCAAUACGAACGGCGCUUUCUGAGGUUACCUGGUUCAACAUAGUCCACAAAAACAUUUUUUACCACAUGAUUGGCAAAUCCCCUUUUUUGUGGGGGAAUCUUCAAAUAGUUUCAAUUCCACGCCAUUUGAACUCUGUCACGCGUAAACGUGCACAUGUCAUUCCCACGACAACAAACCGAUGAAUUGACCCGACCAGCUAACGGAGUUGCGACGUGGCAAGGGAAGCGAAGGAAAUACAAGAGUGACAUGGUCAUAUGUGUUAACUGAGGUCACUGGUGCAGAAUUUUAUUUCUUUUAAGAACGAAAAUAGGCACAGUUGAGCAAUUGUGUCUAACAACUUAGUCAAAGAUCGUGAAAGGAGAGAAAUGCCAUUCCGAUUGUAGAAAUUGUUUACCCUUUUCCUUUCCAGUGGUUAAAUCCCAGCCCCAGUGCCGUCAAUCCCAUUGUCCCAGAACAUAAAAAGGCAAAUCCUAGUUCCCAUUUUACCCCUUCCCGUUUCAUAUACCUGAAACUUGAAAAGUACCCCUUUCUGCGGAGACUCCUUGUACAUUAUAGGGAGUACCCCUCUCCCCUUUUAUUUAUACUCUAAGUGGAGACAUUAUAAAAUUGUAACAACAAAAAUAUUUAAACAGCGCAGUAAAUGUACUAAGCACACACAGAAGCCUAAGGGAAGACUGUAUUUUUUACGUUUACUACUGAAGAUGAGACCGCCAUUUCUACGUGAUCAUCCGAGCCACGCGAGCAUCUUACUAUUUACACAGCAAAGGCAUGUCUUUCUCUCUAAGUUUGUUUUGAGACUCUUCUAAAGUAUUCGUCCGAUCUGCCUAGGAAAUUACACCCGGCCCGUGACCCCUACCCGGCAGAGGCUCGAGAGUCUGACGGUAACUACCGGAUCUCCAAAGCUCAAACAUGGUUUCAAUAGUUUUCCAGAUAAUAUAAUAAAUCUAUCGCGGAUCGGUCAAAAAACAGGGGCGUAGCUACGCACGGUACGCACGUGCGUACAUGAAAAAGUCGAGGGUAAAAAAUAUAUAUAUAAUAAAAAGAGAAUUAUCUGAAAAAAGCAAGUAAAGUUAAAGAGCACAAUUUGUUUCUUUGAAAUAUACUUCUUUCUUAAACAACGGACGCUUCUUUUUUACACCCGAAUGUGAGUUUCCAGGAAAGCGACGAGUGAUUCAUUGAUGGACUGAUAUAUUUCGAGAAAAGGCGGGAAAAUUGUCCAGAUAGCGGCAAGCUGACUAUACAAGUAUAAAGCAUGAAAAUUGACUGACUUGUUAGCUCUAUCUGGCUGAAGAAUUGUUAUUUUAUCCUAGGAAACUGCUAGCCCUCGAGAAGUUUUAGAUGAAGGAGGUGGCCUUCUACCUCUAGGUGGUAAAGAGAUUACAGGUCUGAAAAAACUAUUAACUUAUCAUUUUCCGUGAUUUAAUUUCUACAUAAAAUGUCAUACUUUAGAAGAAUAUAGAUAAGUUUGGUAUUCAGUUGAAUAUAAGUUGGUAUUCAGGUGAAACAAUAUAGAACAAGGACAAUAGUAAAAGUGGUUUUUGUAAAGUAAGACUGACACUAUAUAGACAUGAGGAACGAAGCAGCCUUUGUUUACCUUGAUUGUCAACUAAAACCAAACCGCUGAACAAGGAGAUUGGGGUGGGGGGCUGUUGGCAGGAAGUAGAAAAAGGAUCAUUGAGUGAAUAAAUAUAUUAUGACCAUUUUAACAAGGCCGGGGGGGGGGGGAGCUAAUUACAUAAAAGAAAACAUAAAAUUGUUUCUUUAUCUACUCUUGUAAAUGAGGUAGUUGGGUUGAUUCUUUUUUGGUAACCCGCUUUAAGUUAAUUUCUUCCCCUGAACUUUAGUUCUGCAUUUUAUUAAUUUUUAUCAUUAAUUCGUCUUUUUUUAUAUCUACUCUUUUAAUAGGCGGCUAUAAAGGCUUUGGUUUAGCGAUGAUGGUGGAGGUUUUUUGUGGAAUCUUGUCUGGCUCAGCAUUUGGAGCUCAUCUCAGGAAGUGGCAGGGAGAAGAAAUGGGACAAGCUGACCUGGUACUAGAGGAAAUUAUCUCAAUUCCUAUGGUAUCUAUGUAUUAAGUCCCCGGGCACCUGUUGAUCCACAGGAGAACUGGUUUUGCAUAAUAUUUAUGAGUGUAUUGACGAGUUUAGUAUACAUGGGUUUAUCUUUUUUGGAUACCAGACACAGGUCGUCGCCUCAUCCUUCUCCCCGCAGCGAUGGCUUACUUCUGUACCUGAGUUUCUGCUUCUUUCGGUCUCUGGACUUACCUCUUGACUUAUCCUAACGGUUAGCGUUUGGUAGUGGGGGGCGCCCGGUGGGAUUUUAUUACAAUGUCCCCCUAAAACGUUAAGAAAACAAACGGUAAAUUCAGUUCGUGAAGUGUCCAAAUGUCUGGUACCUUACACCAUACAAGGGCUGCCUUCUUUAUACGUGUAUAUUAGCGUGAUUUAUAUCCUCCAGCUAGACUGAAAAAAUGACCUUUGAGAAACGAGCGCAGAAAUUCGACACUACCCGGAUCUCGGAAGUGCUUCUGGUUGCUCAUGUUGCGAGAGAAAUUUUACUUAACCAAUUAGAAGCGCUUUUAAACAAGUCUAGGUAGCGACGCAUCGAUCAUCAGUAUGGAAUUUUUGAGCUCGUUUAUCAGACGUCACUUUGCGGGAAACCAGUUCUGGCGGGCGCCACGAAAUGUCGGCUGUUUUCUCUGGCUAAUAUCAAACUCAUAAUUCUUUUCAUAUUGUUCCACGUUUCUUCGUGAAAGUAUCCGGCUUUGCGUUUUUAUUUCACUAGGGUCAUUGCUUUGUGGCUCUGAAUCCGCAAAUGUUUGCUGACGGUUUUGAGGACAGGAUGCAGUGUCUGAUGGAUCAAUACAGAAAUAUGGAGCCCGUAUGUUCUGCAAUUUGUAACAAAGACAGUAAAUACAUUUAACGAAAAAUAUCAAAAUGUAGUAAGAAAAAAAAGUGGCACUCAAAACGUUUUUCAAGGCCAUCACUUCUUCAAAGCAGAAUAAUCGCGCAAACAUUUUCAAAGCUGCCUGUGUCUGGUAGCGUGUUUUGACACAUGGUGGCAACUGCUUUAAGAUUUCUUCAAGUUCAGCCAUUUCCAAGUCGUUCAUAGCUCUCUGUGGACAUUUUUCCUACUUGUAAAUAACCCCUGCUCACCUUUUGAGGUCUUCACUUACUUAAUUAUCUCACAAACAUUUUCAAAACUGCGCGUCAUGUUGGACAAGGCAAAGAAAACAAGUUUAGCGUGAAGUCACAGUCUAUGUUUCUGUUCCGGUACUGUGAAAGAUCAUGGGCAACAGCCAAUUGCAGCGCGCGUAGCAUUCACCACAUUUUCUAAAGUAUAGGACAAUAAUAAGUUUAAAUGGUGCUGUGCAAAACGGCCAAGACAGAGUACGAGGACAGCUAAAGCAGAGUAUUCUAUUUUUGGGCCAAGUUUAACUCAAAAGUUAAAAUCCAGCAUGUCAAGGUACUCUUUAUUAGCUCAGUAAUCCAGCGUGAUGGGAAUUUUUUAGGCAGAGGGCGAGCCAGCAGUGCUUGUAGCAGGCGAUCCGGAAAGAGAACACAUGCGCAAAGUAAAGCAAGAUGGUGGGAUUUGUUAUCACGUGAACAUAUUACAUGCUUUGGUGAGUGUUUAUAUAGAAAUUGAGACUGAGAUAUACAAGGUUACCGUAAAAUUCCGAAAAUAAGCCCGUCCAUGUAUAAGCCGCCCUCCCCCCAAACCGGUAACGCAAAAAACCCUCCGUUAAAUCGCCCCUCCAAAUAUAAGCCCCCCGGGGGCUUGUACUUGGAGAAUUGCCCUCAAACACAAAGUAAAACAAAGCAAAAACGGUGAAUUUACUUCCAACUAUAAGGCUAGCUCUAUCGCUUUUGAAAUGCAAAUUUCUCUCCAUAGGUAAGCCCCUCCAAAAAUAAGCCCCUCAAAAAGGGCAUUUGAAAAAUAUAAGCCCCGGGGCUUAGUUUUUGGAAUUUUACGGUAUAUCAAAAGCAGGAGGAAAAACAAAAAUUGGUUGAGAAUUUUUUCAAAGAAAAGGAUAUUUCCAUAAAAUUGCUUGGUAUCCAGUCUUAUGGAAUGGCGUUACGUGUUGCUCAAACAAAAAUUCUGACCUAUUAUACGGACGUGGCUUAAAGCUUAAAAGCGGAGCUCCUUCAAUACUAAAUAAUAAAAUUUAGUUGAAGCAAUGAACUUUGAGAUAUUUUAACCCAAAUAAAUAAAUACCCCUGACAGAAAUAAAAUAACUAAGCGUGAGCGAGAGAUCUGAUGAAAAAGUAAUAAUCUGAUCAGCGGAUAACUGUUUAACAAAAAUGCUUACUCACUAGAUAGUGUACUUUAGCUAGUGAUACAGUCUCACAGGUUAGCGGACGCACAUUUGGUCGACUGUCAAUUGUUUUUGUUUGGAUGACGUUUAUUGCUCUCUCAUCCUCAUCUCAAUAUGACCGCUUGGGAUCCUGGCUCAGUGACAUUUCAUACUGGCCCAAUUAAUUGGCUUGUACGUGCUAAGCAGUGCAGUCUUCUGAUAACGAAAAGUUAUUGGUAGGAUACGUCCCAUUCAGGGCCGUUUUUCUCCAGUCUUGAAUCUUUGGCUCCUGGGGACAAGGUAAGCGUUGCGUGAUGUCACUAAAGGAGGUUGCGUACGAGACUACGUGACAUGGAGAAAGUGCUGGAAUACAUGUAUAGGUGACGCAGUACAGCAGUAGGGGAACCAAAUGACGGUGACAUCUUGCGGGGGCACCCAACGACGGUCUCCUCCUAAAUACAUAGAAAACACUUUUUUGGCUAUCCAGAGUACUUUUAAAUCUCUAGAAAUGUAUUCUGAGUGAAAAAGUGUAUCUGUUCGGUCAUCCUAGGGAAACUUGAGUCUUUUCGAAAUUACAAGGGCUUCAGUAUUAUUUUCCCGAAAAUUUUAGAUGCAAUUUAACGUAUUGCAAAAGUGAGAAUUUUUCUGAUUCCUCUCUCCAUCACAUUUUUAAAUUCGAAAAUUUUAGGUUUCUUUUCUCGUACGAAAAAUAGCCUAACCUGAGCAGUGAAAUGUGAAAAAUUAAACCUCAGAAAAUCGUAGGGAAUUUUUUAGAUAAGCUUCGAAAAUUGAGCAUGAAGGGAACGGUCCUCCAGAAAUUUUUUAGCCGUUCUCAAGAAAUAGAAAAUUCUCGGCAAUAUUUGCUUCUGCGAAUGAUUACUUGUACAGAAAACUGUCGUUGGGUGCCCCUGACCUUGUUCUCCUUAGAACUUUAUAAUAUACUUACAGUAGUACAGUUACGAGUAGCAUAAAUUACAGUACCAGGGUCUGCAACAUUGUUUGCAAAAUGAUAUAUUUCUAAGCAAGACAAAUUGCUACAUUGUUUUAGAUGCAGUCCCAGCCCCUUAUCCCUCUUAGGUCAUGCUAUCUGUUACUGUAACGUGCUUCAUAGUCUGAAGUCGUUGAAAUAACUUUAGAUUUUAAAUAAUGUCUAUCAUUUGAAGUGGAAAAGUAAUGACUGUGAGAUUUUUUUGCUUUUCAGAAUGACCUCGCUGACAGAUUGGGAGUGGCACAUUUACCAACGUCGUGA